UCCCCCUGAAUGUUUUGCUAGCUGGCUAUUGCACUCCCCCUCACCUCUGCAGCCCUUCAACCUUUCUCCUUCCUCAGAGCGUCCUCCAUUCCUACUCCAGAGUUUCACUGAAAGGACUAAAAGUUGGCUUGCUGCUGAAGAUUGCAAAUUUACCACAUCUGAAAAGGACAUUUGUGAAAAUUUUCUGAAGAUAUCCCUGGACUUGGAGCACACCCUCCAGCCAUUAUUUGGAGAAGCUUCUUCAAGCUCUAGAAGCUCUUCAAGCUGCUUGCCAGGGACACCACCCAGGAAAGCAACCCAGAGCAGACAGGAAUAAAGCAAGAGGCCCUCCAGCUCCAUUAUCCUGGGAGGGGCCAUAGAUGCAUCUGUAAUUCUCCUAAAAAUGCUAGGAAGAUGGAGCUGGCAGCUCCCACUGCAGGGCUGGGGCUGAUUCUGCUGCUGCUAGAAGCCAGGGAGACUCUAGGAGGGGCUCACUCUCUGUGCCUCAACUUCACUGUCAGAUCUCAGGCCUCACCUGGACAGUCCUGGUGUGAAGCCCAGGGCUCAGUGGAUGGAAAGCCUUUCCUUCAGUAUGGCAGUGACAGCAGCAAGGCCACACCUGUGGGUCUGCUGGGGGAGAAGGUCAAUGCCACCAAAGCAUGGAAAGAAUUGUCCCAAACUCUGGAAGAAGUGGGGCGAGAGCUCAGGAUGGUCCUGCUUGUCACCAAACCAGAGAAAAGCCUGAGCGGGGGUCCCCCCAGCCUGCAGGCCCAGCUGUGCUGUCAGAGGGAAGCAGGAGAGUGCACUGGUGCAUCAUGGGAGUUCAGCAUCAAUGGACAGAGAGCCCUCAUUGACUUGAUGACCCUGAACUGGACAGUCAUUGAUCCUGGAGCCAGAGGGAUCAAGGAGGAGUGGGAGAGCACCUGGGACCUGGCGGAGUAUUUAAGGAGGAUCUCAACUGUAAUUUGCUGUAACUGGCUUAAGGAAUUCUUAGAGCACUGGGAGAAAAUGUUGAAGCCCAUGGAAUCACCGCAAAAGACUCCAGAUUCCAACCAACGUUCAUUCAUCCUAGCAGGGAUCAUCCCACUAAUAAUCAUCUUAAGUAUAACCAUCUUCAUGAUCCAUAGGAAGUGUUCAGCUGUUCCAGCUGAAGCUUCUUGGGGCCAGGAGAGAGCAACAUCAUUAGACCAGCAAUUGAUGACAUAAAUUGCACUUGCGAAGGGCUGGCUGCCAAGAAUGUGAGUGAAUGCAUGGGGACACCUGGCAGAGAUGGGAAGAAUGGGACAUAUAAUAGCUUAAGAUGGAGUGUUUGCCAGCGGCCAUUGCAUCUGUAAGCCGUUCAUCAUGACUCAAGAAACUGUAGAAACUUGGCAUCAAGAAACUUUGGGGCGGGUGGGGGUGGGGGUAGGGGUGGGGGGGGGUGGCAGUAGCGCACCUAGUUGAACACGCAAGUUACCAUGCAUAAGGACCUGGGUUCAAGCCCCUGGUCUCCACCUGCAAGGGGAAAGCUUUUCGAGUAGUGAAGCAGUAUUCCAAGGGUCUCUCUGUCUCUCCCUAUUACCCACUUCCCUCUUGAUUUCUGGCUGUCUCUAUCAAGCUAAUAUUUUUUAAAUUUAUUUAUGAAAUGGAAAUAUUGACAGGACCAUAGGAAAAGGUAAGAAAGGUACAAUGCCACACAAUUCCCACCACCCAAACUCUGUAUCCCACCCCCUCCCUUGAAAGCUUUCUUAUUCUUCAUCCCUCUGGGAGUAUGGACCUAGGGUCAUUAUGAAGUGCAAAAGGUGGAAGGUCUGGCUUCUGUAAUUGCUUCUCCACUGAACAUGGGCAUUGGCAGGUCGAUCCAUACUCCCAGCCUGCCUCUCUUUUUCCCUAGUGGGGCAGGGCUCUGGGGAGGUGGGGCUCUAGGGCACAUUGGUGGGGUCCUCUGUCCAGGGAAAUCAUGGUAUCAUUGCUAGCAUCUGGAACUUGGUGGCAGAGUAAUGAAGCUGGAGAGUUGACAUUCCACGCCUGACGUCUCUGGACACAGUCCGAAGUGAAACAUGCUGAGGUGGUACUGGCUGCAUUGAUUAGGUUGAGAUCAGCAGAUGCACUAUCAGUUGGUACAAAUUGAGAGAAACAUGCAGGAAAGUGAGCCCCACCCCAGAGGUUCCAGACUGGGAGAAAUAUGGGUUAUAUAGAUAAUGGGAAAGGUUCUUGCUAUCUUAGGCUUUAAGAAGGCAUUAGAUAGUUAUUAUUAUAACCAGAUUAUUUGGAAAUUGGGUUAGCUUUGAAAAUUUCAUUGUUAAGAUUUGCUGUAUCAUAUAAGGCCUCACCAAAACUGUAUGUCCUUUAAUGCUAUUUACAUGUAGCUAUAUCUUAUAAAGUGAUACCACCAGCUGCUUCUGUUCUCCCUGGUCUAAAACUAUAGGUGAUUCAAUAUUUCAAAGAAAAAGUCAUUAUUGUAAAUGUAUUAACAAUUUGAGCCCACUGUUAAAAUUCAAUCUGGUUAUCAAUUUGAAGUCUUAAAUGCUUAGACUGAAGGAGUAUGUGCUCAACUAUGGUCUAUGCAUCAAAAAGUUUGAGACAUUCCAUCCAUUUCCCCCUCACAUAUUGACUAAAUAGUGAUUUAUGAGACUAUAAGUUAAUACGAGUAUAUAUUAACACCAUUCCCACCACCAGAGGUCUGUGUCCCUCCCUACCCACAGUGAAGCUGAAUACCUACCCUUAGUCUCCACUCAGAGAUUUUUCUUAAUAUUUAUUUAUUUUCCCUUUUGUCACCCUAGUUGUUUUUUAUUGUUGUAGUUGUUGUUGUUAUUGAUAUCAUCGUUGGAUAGGACAGAGAGAAAUGGAGAGAGGAGGAGAAGACAGGGGGAGAGAAAGAUAAGACACCUGCAGACUUGCUUCACUGACUGUGAAGCGACUCCCCUGCAGGUGGGGAGCCGGGGGCUCGAACCCGGAUCCUUACACCAGCCCUUGUGCUUGUCACCACCUGCGCUUAACCCGCUGCGCUGCCGCCCAACUCCAUCCACCCAGAGAUUUUUACUUUGGUGCCAUACUCCAAACUCAGUCAGAUCCUGCUUUGAGUUCCCCUCUCUGUUCUUCUUUCUCAACUUCUGUUUAUGAAUGGGAUCAUCCCAUACUCAUCUUUCUCUUUCUGACUUACCUUACUUAACUCCUUUUGGUCCUUCCAAGAUGGGUCAGAGAAGGUGGGAUCAUUAUUCUUAAAAGCUGAGUAGUAUUCAAUUGUGUGAAUAGAUCACAACUUUCUCAGCCACUCAUCUGUACUUGGGCAUCUGGUUUGCUUCCAGGUUUGGGUUAUUAUGAAUUGUGCUGCUCUGAACUCGGUGGCACAAUCUUGGCACACAAAUCUUUUUGGUUGGGUAUUAUGGCUGUCUCUAUCAAGUAAGUAAAGAUUUAAAAAAAUUUUAAUUUAUGUAUUUAUUCAUGAGAAAGACAGGAGGAGAGAAAGAAUGAGCCAUCACUCUGGUACAUGUGCUCCGGGAGAUUGAACUCCAGUCCUCAUGGUUGAGAAUUUAAUGCUUUAUCCACUGCAGUACCUCCCGGACCACUAAAAAAAAUUAAAAAAUAAAAAAACUUUGGGGGGAGGUUAAGGUGAAUCCAUGAGAAUCACCUUUGUGGCAGAAAAGAAAUCCAGUUUAUAACUGGCAGGUGAGCCCUAGAUCCUGUUUAGCCAAAACUUCCAGAGGAAGCUGGGAAAUUAAGAUGCUGACUUGUUGAACAUGGAGAGGAAGACUUCGCUGCAUUAACUUAAACUGAGGGUAUGGGAAGGUUUGAUAAAGAGUGGCCCCUCCUGUGGGGCGGGUGGGGGCACAUCUGGUUAAGCAAGGACCCACAGAAGGAUCCCGGUUUGAAUCCCUGUCUCUUCACCUACAGGGGCAUCAUUUCACAAGGGGUCUGCAGGUGUCUUCCUCUCUAUCUCCCCUACCCCCCCCCCCCAAUUUCUAUCCUAUCCAAUUAAAAAAAUGUGAAAAAAUGGCCACCAGGAGCAGUGGAUAUGUAGUGCUAGCAUGGAGCCCCAAUAAUAAUGCUGGAGGCAAAAAAAGAAAGAAAGAGUAGUGCCCUCCCACUUAGCUGUUUACCUCCCAAGUAUAUUAUGGCAACACCAGUCCCCUCUUCCUCACAGCACUUUGUAAUGGAGAAAACAGCACUAGAUGCACAGCUCACAUUAAAUACGCAAAGAAAAACUACUGCAGGAAGCCUUUUCAUUUUUUCCUUUUUUUUCCUUUUGUCUUUAAGAAAACUAUUUACUAAUGAGAUAGAGAAGGACAUACAGAGGGCAGGGAUAGAUAGCAUAUGGUUAUGCAGAUAGACUCUCAUUCCUCAGUCAAAUGCUCUACCACUGAGCUAUACCCCCCAGAGUCUCAUUCCUAAGGCACUUAAGUUCAAUCUCCUGGCCUACCAUAGCCAAAGCUGGUCAAUGUUAAGUUAAAUUCCUAAGGCACUUAAGUUCAAUCUCCUGGCCUACCAUAGCCAAAGCUGGUCAAUGCUCAUAUAUAUAUAUAUAUAUAUAUAUAUAUAGAGAGAGAGAGAGAGA